CUCUCCAUCAUUGACUGAGUCAGACUCGAGGAUAGUGUCCAGUAGAUACAUCUCAGCAACUUCGGAAACAUUUACCACAGAAAGCUCAAGUGUUCCAAAGUCUAUGGAACAACUUACUUCACAAAAACGUGACACAUCUUCAGAAAUUACCUCUCUACCAAAUCUGGAAACUUUAUUUGUCUCGGAAAUAACCAGUGCAGUGGAACAAAUAAGUUCACAAGAGCUAGUAAGUUCAACAUACGUAAACAUGCUAACAGUGACAUCAUCAGAACAAGUCGGUUUGCAAGAUUCUUCCUCAUUCUUCUUAACAAAGUCUUCACAAGGUUCUUCUUUAGAUAUUGCAAUGUCAUUGAUGCCAUCAGUGAGUGUGCUACAAGAGACAGAAUCAUUAUCAAGUUUGGUAAAGUCAGAUAUAAUACCUUCACUUAAAACGCAAACAUCAUUUGUCUUUGGAACACCAACAAAACUAAUAACCAGUUCGUUAGAAAAACUAAAUUCAAAAGAUUUUGAAACAACUUCUGAUAGUCUCUCUUUAUUAGAAACAGGAACUUUGUUUGACUCUAAAAUGCUAAAAUCGGCAGUAACCAGUUCACUAGAAGUAAAAGAUUUACAAGAUCUUGUAACAUCUUCACCAGAAAUGGAAACAUCAAUUGCCUAUGAAAAAUCUGUGCAGACAAUACCAAGUUCACUAGACCAAAUGACUUCACAGAAUGUUAUUAUAUCAUCAGAUACAACAUUUUCAUCCAAAGUAGAAACUUCUGUUGUUACUGAAGCAUCAGUAGGAACAAUAAUAGCUUCUCAAAAACCCAUUAUACCUUCAGAUAUAAUCUCUUCACUAAAUUCAGAAAUUGUAUCUGUCUCUGAUACAGCAAUACCAGAAACGUCCAGUUCGCUAGAACAAACAAAUUCACAACACUUUGAUAUACCAACAGACAUAAUCUCGUUUGACUCUGAUACAACAAGAAAAACAUUAACAAGUUCACUAGAAGGAACACGUUCACAAGGCCUUAUUCCAACAUCAGCUAUAACCCUUUCAACCGAAAUAGAAACAUCUUUUGCUACUGAAGCAUCAGUAGAAACAGCUACAGGUUCACUAAAAGAAACAAGUUUACAGGACUUUAUUAAGCUAUCAGAUAUGACAUUUUCAGCUAAAAUAGUAACUUCCUUUACAACUGAAAUGCCAAUAGAAACAGUAACAGAUUCACCAGAACAAACUAUAUUUCAGGAUCAUAUUCCAUCAUCAGAUAUAACGUCUUCAACUCAUCUAGAAAGUCCAUUUAUUACAGAAGCAUCAGCAGAAACUAUACCAGGUUCACUUGAACAACUUAGCUCACAGGUCCUUGUAACAUCGACAGACAUAGCCCCAUCACUGGACACCUCAUAUGCUUAUAAAUCUUCAAUAACACCGAUACUUAGUUCACUAGAAGAAAUAAAUUCCAAAGACUCUGUGACUUCAUCAGACUCACUGUUAGAAACUGGUUCACUAAACACAAGUACAUCAUCAAAUAUAACACCUUCACUAAAACUGGAAAACUCAGUUGCCACUGAAUCACCAGAAGCAGCAAUAACCAGUUCAUUAGAACAAGUAAGUUCACAUAGUUUUAAAGCACCACAACCAGAUACAACCUUAUCACCAACAGUAGAAACUUCACUUGUUUUUGAAACAUCAGCAAUAUCAACAAGGACUAUAGUAUCUUCACCAAAAAUAGAAACGUCAUUAGAUUUUGAAACUUCAAAAAUAUCAACAUUGGGUUUUCAGCAACAGUUAAGUUCACAUGAUCUUGUGACAUCAUCAGCAGUGGAAACAUCAUUUAUAUCUGAUACAUCAGCCACUUCAGCCAUGAACCCACAAACAUUUAUAAGUUCAGAGUACAUUGCGAUUGCAUCAGAUAUAUCCAUAUCAUCCAGAACACAAAUUUUAUUUUCCUCUAAAAUGUCAGGGGCACCAACAACCAAUUCACUGGAACAACAAAACUCCCAAUAUCUUAUGUCAUCUUCAAAUAUAGCUUCUUCAUCAGAAAUAGAAACUUCAAUUAACACUGAAAUAUCAGCAGUAUCAACAAGAAAUGUAGUACAAGAAACAAGUUUACAAGACCUUUUAUCAGAAUCUGAUAUAUCUUUACAAAAACUGAAAACCACCUCUGAAAUAUUAGUAGCAGCACAAACAAGUUUAGUAGAACUCAAUACACCAUCAGACACAAUAUCUUCAGAACAAAUAGAGACUUCAUUAGACUUUACAAUGACAGUGCCAGCACCAAGUUCUGCAGAACAGUUAACAGAGAUAACACCAUCAUCAAAACAUGUGACAUCAAGAUAUAUAACAUCAGAAUUUGUGACAUCAACAGAUAUAACAUCAGACCUUGUGAUAUCAACAAAUAUAACAUCAACACUUGUGACAUCAACAUAUAUAACAUCAACACCUGUCACAUCAACAAAUAUAACACCAACACCUGUGACAUCAACAGAUAUAACAUCAGAAUUUGUGACAUCAACAUAUAUAACAUCAUCAACAGACAUAAAAUUAGAAUCUACGGCAUUAACUGAUUCAACAUUGGAAUAUGUUACAUCAACAGGUCUAACAUCAGAACCUGUUACAUCAGAUUAUAAACCAUUAGAAUCUUUGGCAUCAACAUAUCUAACAUCAGAAUCUGUGACAUCAACAUAUAUAACAUCAUUAACAGACAUAAAAUUAGAAUCUACGACAUUAUCUGAUUCAACAUCGGAAUAUGUUACAUCAACAGGUCUAACAUCAGAACCUGUGACAUCAGUAUAUAAACCAUUAGAAUCUUUGGUAUCAACAUAUCUGACAUCAGAAUCUGUGACAUCAAGAUAUAUAACAUCAGAACCUGUGUUGUCAACAUAUAUAACACCAGAACCUAUAUAA